AUGGCGCUUUCACUGGCUCAUGUGUAUCCGUGGACCUCUACAAUGGGUCCCCCUCAAGACCAGCCAAUGCGAUAUUCAAGCAAGCACACUGUUACCCACAAUACACCCCGAUCCUCGUCGCUGGCACAGCACUCGCACUCACUGCCGCCGCCCACUUCCAGCGUCACUGGCACUACUGGCACUGGCGACCAAGACGAGCCCUCCGAGACGCCGACUUUGGCACCGAUGCCGACUGCCACGGACUCUUCCACCGCAACCACCACGUCGGAUUCUCUCUCUCUUCCUUAUUACUCAAGCAGUUAUUCCUCCUCGCCUCGUCAAUUUCCCUCAGACAUCACUGAUCCUAUUCUCGAAGAAGGCGACGAAGAGUCUGGCACCGACUCGCCCAUUGAGCCGGUCACUCCUGUGAGCGGCGGUCGUCACUCACAAGACUUCACUGCGCUUCACCAUAGCCAUUACAACGAUUACCAAGCACUACAAAGAGCCCAAACAACACAAAAUCCCCCAACUGCGAACACGAAAAAGGCGCCUCUAUUAAUCUCUCAAUCCUCUGCGCCUCCGGCACCUCUCAUCACCUCUGACCUAUCAUCAACGCCGAAGGCGAGCGAGCAGGAGACCUCGCCGCAAACACCCCUCCAACGACGCACCACCCGCGGCUCUUCCCACAGUCUUAAACGAACCAUGUCCCGACUUUUUAGACGCUCCAACUCGGCUUUGGAGAAGGAGAGAGAAUUUGCUGUUGUCGACUCUCCAGCCCCCAUCUCAGAGUCUGCACCGCAAUCAAGCGGCUAUCUGAGCACAAAUGGUACGCCUAGCAGCCGGUAUCCGAAUGGCAACAAGUCCUCCACAACCACUCGGUCAAGCUCACCACCUUCACCAGGCUCACCCCUAGAGAUGACACCGUCGAAUCGGUCGACGAUUGGCACCAAUGGUACACUACCUAACCCUGCUGACUUUCAAAAAAAGAGCCGAGCUGCAACUGGGUUGACCUUGCGCGGGCGGGCAGUGAACUUUGUUGGUGCUACAAUGGGCCGUGGAAAUCGCCCCAAUAAGGGGCCGCGAAGAGCGAGCAGUUUUGACAUGGGAAAAAGAUCGCCGGUACCUACCAUACCGAAACAUAUUGACGAAGAGAAGACGUACCCCCCCGAGCGACUGCCCUGGCCACUCCCCCCGGACGCUGGCACUGGUGCCAAGGCUCGUCGCAUGAGUUUGAGUCUCCCCGAUGAUUUCACUGUGGAUGUCGCUGAACUACUAUCCGAGUUUGAGUACCAGCACAAGCUGUUGGGCCGGCACGGGAAGCAUUUAGGCAAAGGUGCCGCAUCCAAAGUGACCCUCAUGGCCCGAAAGGGGUGCCCGGGCGAGCUCUAUGCUGUCAAGGAAUUUCGGGGCAAGUCAAAUCGCGAAAGUCAAGAAGAUUACGAGAAAAAGAUCAAGUCAGAAUUCAGCAUUGGCAAGAGCCUUCACCACCCAAACAUUGUGGAAACCGUACGACUUUGCACCGACCAUGGUCGUUGGAACCACGUCAUGGAAUACUGCUCCGAGGGUGAUCUCUUCAGUCUUGUGCAGAAGGGCUUUCUCAAGGGCGAGGACAAGAAGAAGGACCGGCUAUGCCUUUUCAAGCAGUUAAUUCAAGGGGUCAACUACCUGCACGCAAACGGCAUCGCUCACCGGGAUAUCAAACUGGAGAACCUCCUCCUCACAAAGGACAGCAAGCUGAAAAUUACCGACUUUGGCGUGUCUGAGGUAUUUUGCGGAACCCAUCCUGGCCUGAGAGAAGCAGGCGGACAAUGUGGUCAGAACAUGGGAGAGGUUCGUCUCUGUUCCCCGGGCAUUUGCGGCAGUGAGCCUUAUAUUGCACCUGAGGUGUUGGAAAAGAAGCAGAGUUACGAUGCGCGAGCUUUGGAUGUAUGGGGCUCAGCUAUUGUCAUGAUUUACCUGACGUUUGGUGGAGCUAUCUGGUCUCGCGCGCAGCUCGGCAACUUGCACUACGAUAAAUUGGUUAAGGGCUGGAAGAGAUGGUACGAGAAGCACCCUGAAUGCGAUGCCUGCAUCACGGACACGGAUUACCCCAACUGUUAUGCUCUGGACGUUGGAGUCAACCCUCCUGCUCUACGACGAAUUCUACUGCAGAUGCUUAACCCCGAUCCGGCCAAGCGGAUAACUAUUAACGAAGUGGUCAACAACCGCUGGAUGAGGAAUGUCGAAUGCUGCCAGCUGGAAUCCUACGAUGAGCAAGCUCAGCUCAUUGACGCCACCAAGAAGGACUAUGGCAGCAAAUUAGCGGCCAAGAAAAUCUUUUGCCACAAUCAUCUGCCGCCGAAGACUGGGGGGUCCCAUUCGCUGGGUAAAAUGCCUGGUUCUGCUGGCUACUAA